UUAAAAAAAAAACUCAUCUGGAAAAUAAUUGUCAGCCAAAAAAGUGUACUGGAAGUUUUAUUUAGACACUCGCCAACUAUAAGUAUGAUUAUUGUUUCAAGGAUAUCGCAUCGAAAUGCAGCCGAAUAGUGAAGUCUGUAAUUUAAGAUUAGUGACCUUCAAAUGCGCAUUGUCUUCUAAAUAGCCAAAACGACUAACUAUCGACACAUGUGAAAUCUGUGAUCAUAAGUACAAGCCUAACAUUAAGCAUAUUGUUCAUUUGCUUUGUUUUUUGUUAAGAGAUAAGUAGUUGCAUUGACAACUGUAGCGCAUCUGAUUGCCUGAUGUUCAUCCAUAUUUGUCAAUAGGCCCACUGCAGUGAGUAAAACGCGUUUACGAUGUGCGCCUGGCACGCGAAGAGAGCAAAUAAGAGAGAUGCAUGUGUUUCGUAGUAGCUUGUGUGGCCGUUGGUCCAACGCUCGCUUUUGAUUUUAGUUUUCAAUUGAAUAUUGUUGACAGUGGGACGUACACGCAUUGCUUUUCACCUCUACCACUCUGCAUUUUAGCAGCGUGCGCCGCGCAACAACAUGGAAGAUCCCAACCGUAUGAUGGCACAUACUGGUGGCAUGAUGGCCCCACAAGCUUACGGUAUGCCGGGCCAGGAUGAUGGCCAAAACGCUGGCAAUGAAAACGAAGUCCGUAAGCAGAAGGAUAUUGGUGAAAUUUUGCAGCAGAUUAUGAGCAUUUCGGAGCAAUCACUGGAUGAGGCGCAGGCAAGAAAGCACACCUUAAACUGUCAUCGCAUGAAGCCUGCUUUGUUCUCGGUACUUUGUGAGAUUAAGGAAAAAACCGGUAAGUAACACACAACAACACAAAUCAUUUCGUGUU